AUGGUCAAAACUACUAUUAUUGCACGAAUCUCGGAUGGACUUCCCUUGGCUGCUAGCAUGGAUGAUGAGCAGGUUGAAACAGAGUUGGCCGAAUACAAAGGUCAAGCCAAGACCAUCUUUAAACGUUUAAACAUCAACUCUGAGCCUCGUUGUUCUAUUGAAUCUGGAAAAUAUGUCUUUCAUUACAUCAUCGAAGGCAGCGUUUGUUACCUUUGCAUCUGUGAGCAAUCCUAUCCUCGCAAGCUUGCUUUCAGCUAUUUGGAAGAAUUAGCCAAGGAAUUCAACAUGAGUUACGGUAAUGAAGUCGAUAAGCCUGGAUUGAGACCGUAUGCAUUUGUCAAAUUUGAUACUUUUAUGCAAAAGACAAAGAGAAUUUAUCAAGAUACCCGAACUCAAAGCAAUUUGACAAAGCUAAACGAAGAUUUGCAAGAUGUUACUCGUAUCAUGACCAAGAACAUGGAGGAUUUAUUAUGGCGUGGUGAUAGUUUGGAUCGCAUGAGCACCAUUUCUGGCGAGUUAAAGGAUAGUGCAAAGAUGUUUAAAGAUAAAGCUCGUCAUUUGAACUUGCAAGCACUGUAUCGUAAAUACGGUCCUCCUGUUGCUAUUGCUCUUGUUAUCCUCACUGUGCUUCUUAUUCGCUACUAUUGGUUUUAA